AUGAACUUCAACUUGAAAGCAGCUGGUACUCUUUUUUCUCGAGCAAAACAGUUCACCGAAGAAAAACUCGGACAAGUUACUGACCGAACGGAAUAUGACGAUCACUUCGAGCAAUUGUUAGCGCGAGCAGACCGAACAAAAUUAUGGACGGAACGAUUGACAUCACAUGUCGAAGCGGUUCUUCAGCCUAAUCCAAAUGAACGUCUCGAAGAUUUUAUCUUGACAAAGCUUGAUCAAAGAAGUUUGAAUAAACCAAACAUUUACGAACAGCUUGGUCAUUGUAUGUGUGAAGCAGGAAAUGAUUUCGGUCCGUCAACACAAUAUGGUUCAACGUUAAUCAAGUGUGGUCAAUGUCAUCAAAAACUAGGCAUUGCUCACAAAGAAUUCAUUCAUUCAGCGGCUGCUGGUUUCAUGCAACCACUAAAGAGUUUCCUUGAUGGGGAAAUGCGAUCUUUGACAAAAGAACGUCGGACAUUAGAAAUGAAACGUCUCGAUCUUGACGCUGCUAGGUCAAAACAAAAAAAAGCGAAAGCGAUGAAUAGUAAUGUACCAAUGGCGAUGGCGGAUAGUUCCGAUACGGAAUUACGUCAUGCACAAACGGAAUUUGACCGUCAAUUAGAGAUAACACGUUUAUUACUGGAUAGUUUGAAUAAUUCUCAUAAUCAUCAUCUACGUUGCUUACAUGAUCUUAUUGAAUCAGAAUUACAAUACCAUCAACAAACAGUUCAAAUUCUCGAAGAUUUGCGUAAACAAUUAGGAGUGUCUAAAUCAACAUCAAACUCGUCGUCAGUUGCAACAGCAGCAACAGCAGCAGCUGCUGCUGCAGUGCCACCACCACGUGCGACACCGCCACUACGCACUGCCACUGUUAAAUUUGAUUACGAUGCAUCAGAUAGUGCUGAAUUAAGUGUUCUAGCUAAAGAAACCGUUAAUAUUAUUUUGGAUGAUAAUGAAAAGCUAUCGGAAGAUGCCGAAUGGAUUACAGUCGAGCGACCCACUACGAAAGAACGAGGCCGUGUACCACGUGGCUAUUUACGAAUAGAUUCCUUAUCUUGA